AUGCCCUUCCUAGAGCUAGACACGAACUUGCCUGCCAACCAAGUGCCUGCAGGGCUGCAGAAAUGGCUCUGUGCCAUGGCCUCCAUCCUGGGCAAACCCAAGGAUCAUGUGAACAUGAUGGGUGUGGCGGGCCUGACCAUGGUGCUGAGUAGGUCCACUGAGCCCUGGGCACAGCUGUUCAUCUCCUCCACCAGCGUGAUGGACACCACUGAGGAGAACUGCAGCCACAGCACCCACUUCUUCGAGUUCCUCACCGAGGAGCUGGCCCUGGGCCAGGACCAGAUAAUUUUCCACUUUCCCCACUGGAGCCCUGGCAGACUGGCAAGAAAGGGAUGGUCAUAA